AUGACCUUGACCAAGACCUCCGCCGCAAAGACAACCUUUUCCUACCAAACCAUCGCUAUGACCGAGACAAUCCAACCAAAUAUUGCGCAAUGCAAUUAUGAAGGUUCCUACAUCCUAAGAAUCUUCUUCGAAUUCGGCGUACUGGAUGGGCCUAAUGUAAAGAGCCUCAGGGACUGCCUCUGCAGUAUCGACCGGAGUUGCGAAAGCGCCUAGUGCAAAGCUGGUGAAUGCUGCAUAAACCACCUACGCCAGUAUGUACUCCGUACAAUGCCAUGGUGAUCUAAUCCUAACGCCUAUGAUUGCAGCAUCAAUAUACACAUCAAAACAGGGACGGGUGACACCGGAUUUUGAUACAGUGCAUACUUGCAGAGACUUCACAGCAAUUCGUGAUUGGGGUACUGAAAAGUACGAGAGUGGUAUGCGAAAAGCACGAGCUGCCUCUCGCAAAGAGACUUCAUCUGAUUGA